AUGGACAAAAAAAAAGAAAUCGUGACGAAAGGUGAAGCCUCAGACCAGGUAGAUCUAGAUGUUGAGCAGGGCUCAGAAGAGAAAGAUGGGGAGCCUGAACAAGCUGCCUCGAUAGGCAGCUACUUUAGACUCUUUUCCUAUGUGACAGGAAAAGACCGUAUCGCUCUUGCAUUGGCACUGCUGUGCUCGAUUGCAUCUGGUGUGCCCCUGCCGCUUAUGAACAUUAUCUUCGGGAACCUCGUUGGCGAGUUCCAGGGUUACUUUAUGCCGGACACACAGGUGACAGAAGGGGAGUUCAAGGCCUCUGUCAAUAGAUUGAGCUUGUAUAUUGUGUACUUGUUUAUUGCAAAGUUCGUUCUAACAUAUGUCUCAAUGUUUUCCUUCCGUGUUAUCGGUCUUCGAGUCUCGUCCAGUGUACGGCUGCACUACAUGCAGUCCCUCUUCGCUCAGCCCAUCAGCAAACUGGACGAAGUGUCCGUGGGAACCGUCACUAAUACCAUCACAACCCUAUCCAACACGAUCCAGCAAAGCAUUUCCGAUAAGCUAGCUAUUCUCUUCCAAUCCCUUGCCCUACUCAUUACUGCAUAUGUCAUCGCUUUCAAGUAUUCCUGGGCGUUGACCCUUGUCACGAGUUCUUCAUUAUUGUUCAUACUCAUCUGCUGCAUGUUUAUCAUGCCUGCCAUGACCAAGGUCCAACAGCGGGUGGACAAAGCUGACGAACAGCAUUCUUCAAUUUCAGCAGAAGUGUUCAGCUCCAUUCGAACGGUGUUGUCCCUUGGUGCUGAGGAAACACUAGUCAUGAAGUACGCCAGCUGGGUCGAUGAAUCGCGGAAACGAGGGCAAAAGAUGUCUACCGUACUGGGAUUGCAUCUUUGUCUUAUGUUCUUUGCAAUGUAUGCGAGUUACGCGCUGGCAUUCUGGUUUGGGUUGAAGCUUUAUCGUGAGGGCCAUAUUGCGGAUAUCAACACGGUUAUCAUCGUGUUCUUCUCGGUCAUGAUGGUGGUGAGCGUCCUAGGCGGCAUCGCAUCACCGUUGAUGAUCAUCUCCAAAGCGACCAGUGCGGCAUCCUCGUUCUUCGAAAUGAUCGACUUGGAGACCAUGGACAGAGGCGGACUUAAGGACCCUGAGGCUUCAUCUGAUGCGGAUAUUACAUUACAAAAGGUUCACUUUGCGUAUCCUACCCGCCCCGGUAUCCCAGUCCUCAAAGGCUUCAACGCUCGGUUUCAACAAGGCAAGACAACGGCAUUAGUUGGUCCGUCUGGCUCAGGGAAAAGCACCAUAGUCGGUCUGCUAGAGAGAUGGUUCGAACUGAGCACGCAGAAAGGGUACCAUCAGGGGAAUAUUUUUGCUGGUGAACAUAAUCUCACUGGUCUCGACUUGAAAUGGUGGAGAUCACAGAUCGGACUUGUGCAGCAGAAUCCGUUUCUAUUUGACGACACCAUUUUCAACAAUGUUGCUUUCGGUCUCAUUGGCACAAAAUGGGAGCACGAAACCCACGAGGUCAAACAAAAACUUGUUGAGAAAGCGUGUGAGCAAGCAUUUGCCGAUGAAUUCAUCAAGCGCUUGCCAGAGGGCCACGAUACUCUCGUGGGAGAAAGUGGCAAAACAUUAAGCGGCGGCCAGAAGCAACGUCUCGCUAUUGCCCGAAGUAUCGUCAAAGAGCCCUCUAUCUUGAUUCUCGACGAAGCCACAAGCGCAAUUGAUGUCCACGGAGAGAAAAUCGUCCAGAAGGCUCUUGACCAACUCUCCAAGAACCGUACCACUGUUGUUAUCGCUCACAGACUAUCGACCAUCCGGAAAGCGGAUCACAUCAUUGUUCUGAAAGACGGUAUUGAUGUUGAGCAAGGCACCCAUGAUGACCUCCUGGAAAUAGAAAACGGAGUAUAUCGUGGUCUCGUGAGUGCUCAGAGCCUCGCACAUUUGGCCGAUGACGGACCGGACGGAAGCGAUGGCUUUGAUGCUCUAGAAAAAGGAACCAGUACUGUCCAGGUUUUCCAUGAGCCCGAAAAGAAAGAACAACCGGAGAAGACAUACAAGAAUAAGGGUUUCUUUCGCAGCAUCGGACUGAUACUAUACGAGCAACGUACCCAUUGGCCGUUUUAUUCUCUAACGCUUCUUGGGGCUGCUGGUGCUGGAUCUUCCUAUGCCCUUCAAAGCUGGUUGUUCGCGCACAUCAUUGAGGUAUUCGGGUAUCAAGGCCAACGACUCGCAGAUGCCGCCAGUUUCUGGGCCUUGAUGUUUUUCGUUCUCGCCCUAGGCGUGGCUCUUUGCUAUUUUCCUGUGGGAUUCUCGUCCAAUACUUUCUCGAUGAAAGUCUCCUCAUUCUACCGAGAAGAAUACUUCCGCAACAUCCUCCGAAAACCCAUCCCAUUCUACGACCUCAACGAGAACGCCUCCGGAUCCCUCGUUUCCCGUCUUUCCACAGAUCCAAAACAAAUCCAAGACCUCCUCGGCGCAAACGGCGCAUUUCCAUUAAUCUCGAUCUUCAACAUCCUCGGCUGUAUCAUCAUUGCCUUCACAUUCGGCUGGAAACUGAGUCUUGUUGCGGUAUUCGCAGCUAUGCCAUUUGUCCUGUUAGCUGCGUUCAUGCGCAUCAGAUUCGAACUGCAGUUCGAGGCUAUAAAUGCAGAGGUGUAUAGUGGUAGCUCGCAAUUCGCAGCAGAGGCUAUUUCGGCUUUCCGGACUGUAUCGGCGUUGGUGAUGGAGGAUGCGAUUCUGGGGAGGUAUUUGGGUCUUUUGCAGACGCAAAGGAAGAGGGCUUGUCGGAAGGCGUGGUACGCGACGCUUAUUUUUGCGUUUUCCGAUAGUGUUGAGCUGUGUGCUAUGGCGUUGACGUUUUGGUACGGAGGACAACUCCUCGCCUCGAGAGAAUAUGAACCUAGUAUCUUCUUCGUCAUCUACAUGGCUACCAUCCAAAGCAGUCAAUCCGCGGGUCAAUUCCUCAGCUUUGGACCGAACAUCGCUCAAGCUGUGGGCUCUGCCAAUCGGAUGUUGAGCUAUCGCCCGACUUCAGCUCCGCGAGACGACCUCAAACAACUUAUACCGUCCGACUAUCAAUCCGCAGCGAGCGUCGAGCUCCGCAACGUUGCGUUCAAGUAUCAGUCGCGGGACGUUCCCCUAUUCACAGGUCUGAACCUCAACAUUCAAGGCGGCCAAUUCGUCGCUUUCGUUGGACCUUCUGGCUGCGGAAAGACCAGCAUUAUAUCGCUACUAGAACGGUUCUACGACCCAGUUCAAGGCGCGAUUCUCGUAAACGACCAAGAUAUAACCUCUAUCGAAAUUUCAUCAUAUCGCAAAGCACUGGCACUAGUAACACAAGAACCACGCCUUUUCAAUGGCACAAUCAAAGAAAACAUCACGUUAGGCCUCCAUGGCGACGAUAUAACGGAUGAAGAAAUGGUGCAAGCCUGCAAAGACGCCGAAAUCCACGACUUCAUUACCUCCCUCCCCGACGGCUACAAAACAACCCUCGGCACAAACGCCCAAACAGCACUGAGUGGGGGCCAGCAACAGCGUCUCUGCAUUGCCCGCGCUUUAGUGCGAAAGCCAUCCCUCUUACUGUUAGAUGAGGCGACAUCAAGCCUUGACUCUCAGUCCGAAAGACUGGUCCAAGGUGCUCUUGAGCGUCUUGCAGGGAGACGGGAAACGACUAUUAUUGCGGUUGCGCAUCGAUUGGCAACUAUUCAAAAGGCAGAUAUGAUCUUUGUGUUUGGGGAAAGCAAGAGUGGGAAGGGGUCGAAGAUUGUUGAGCAGGGGACGCAUGGGGAGUUGUUGAGGGGUAGGGGGGUUUAUUGGCAUAUGUGUCAGGAACAAGCGCUGGAUAGAUGA